ACCUUGCCCAGAGGAAGCUGUACCAGGAUGUGAUGCUGGAGAACUUCAGGAACCUGGUCUCUGUGGGUCAGUGCUCCCGGAACUGCGGAUCCCAGGCCUCUCUGCCUCACCGGAAGUAGGAAGAAAAAUGAGCAUGCUCCCAGAAUCAGUCUCAUUCAAGGACGUGGCUUUGGUCUUCAGCGAGGAGGAGCUUGGGCUGCUGGACCCCGCCCAGAAGAAGCUGUACCAGGAUGUGAUGGUGGAGAACUUCCGGAACCUGGUGUCCGUGGGAGCAAAGGUCCCGACCCAGAUGGAAACCGCUCCCCCAGCAGGAGCCCACGAGACCCUUUCCUGCUCUCGGAUCUGGCGACAGAUUGCAGCCGUCUUAAGCAGGUCCCAAGAUUCCAGGAUGAAUAGGUCUCAGCUCGACAGAGCCGAUGACUCGCCUUCUCCGGGGGUGGGAAGCCCCGCUGCCGAUCGCCCGGGAGAGAAACCUCGGCCGUGUACCGAGCGCUCGGACACCUCCCGUGAUGCCUCCGGCUGUGACCUUCAGCAGCGUCCACUCUCGGGAGACAAGUCUCACACGUGCAGUGAAUGUGGACAAACCUUCCGUUACCUCUCAGUUCUUCGGUCUCAUCAGCGAGUUCACAUGGGGAAGGACACCUAUAAGUGUGGUGAGUGUGACAUGGCCUUCAGCCAGAGCGCACAUCUGCAGAGCCAUCUGAGUGUCCACACCGUGGAGAAGCCGUACAAGUGCGAGGAAUGUGGGGAGCGCUUCAGGCGCCGAGUCACCCUUAAUGUUCAUUGCAAAAGCCACGAAAGAGAGACACUUUAUCACUGUGAGGAAUGCGAGUGGGACUUUAUUUCCCUUUCGGAUUUCGAGGAACAUGAGAAAAUCCACUCUGGCGGAAGACCAUUCCGGUGUGAGGCGUGUGGUCAGAACUUUCCUGAUGGAACCGCCCUUGCCGCUCAUGGCCUGAUCCACGUGGAGAAGACGCCCUAUAAAUGCGAGGGCUGUGGGACAGGAUUCAUGUACAGCCCCUCUCGGGAUCUCCAGAGCCUUCCCCCGGGAGGAAAGCCUCCCAAGUGUGAAGUGUGUAGUAAAAGCUUCAUUCCGCCUUUGCCGUAUCCGGCCCCGCAGAGGUUCCUGGCAGCAGAGAAACCCUACAGAUGCGAUGUGUGCGGGAAGGGCUUCAGCCAGAGCCCCUAUCUGAAAACCCAUCAGAAGCUCCACAAUGCAGAGAAACCCUUUAAGUGCGCAGAGUGUGGGCAAGGCUUCAGCUGGAGCUCCAGGCUGCAGAUUCACCAGGUGACCCACACCCGGGAGAAACCACACAAGUGUGAGGCGUGCGGAAAGGGCUUCGGCAGCAGAGCGGAUCUGCAGAUUCACUAUCGGAUUCACACAGGAGAGAAACCCUACACUUGCGAGGAGUGUGGGAAGGGCUUCAGGGUCACCUCCCAACUUCUGGCCCAUUACAACGUCCACAGUGGCGUAAAGCCAUUCAAAUGCACAGAGUGUGGCAAGUACUUCAGUAGCCGGUCCAACCUUCACACUCACCGUAAAAUCCACACGGGCGUGAAAUCCUACACCUGCGAGGAGUGUGGGACAGGCUUCCGGCAGGCCGCCCAUCUCGUGACCCAUCAGAGAGUCCACAGUGGGGAGAGACCAUUCAGAUGUGAACAGUGCGGGAAGUCCUUCAGCACGAAACCGAACCUUCACGUCCACCGGAGAAUCCACACGGGAGAGAAGCCGUACUACUGCGAAGAGUGUGGGAGCGGCUUCAGGCAGGCUGCCCACCUCUUGGUCCAUCGAAGAGUCCACACCGGCGAAAAACCCUUCAAGUGUCAAGAGUGCGGGAAGAGUUUCUGUCAGAAUUCAAACCUUCAAGCCCAUCAGAGAGUCCACACCAGAGACAAGCCUUACAAGUGCGAGGUGUGCGGGAAGAGCUUCAAGUGGAGCGAGAAUCUGCUAACCCAUCAGCGGGUGCACACCAAGGAGAAGCCGUACAAGUGCGAGGCGUGCGGGAAGUACUUCAGCCACGCCUCCAGUCUUCACCAUCACGAGCGCGUCCACACUGGAGAGAAACCGUACAUGUGCGAUGUGUGCAGCAAAGUGUUCAGUCGAGCUUCACAACUACAGUCUCACCAGAGAGUUCACACGGUAGAGAAACGUUAGGGUGUGAGAUGUCUGGUGAAGUUCUUGAAGGUCCAAUGGGAGGAACCACAAAGGCCACCCUGGUGAUCAGUAUCCUGCAUGGACUACCCUGCUUCCCCGAAAAUAAGACAGUGUCUUAUGUUCAUUUUGGCUCCCAAAGAUGUGCUAGGUCUUACUUUCAGGGGAUGUCUUAUUUUCCAUGAAGAAGAAUACGGUACACAUUUAUUGUUUACUGUUUUAUUAAAUGGGACCACACACUUCCUGUCUGUCCGGCUGUGCUGCGGCCAACAGUGAGCCGCGCGGCAGUACCGCCACUGCGGUCCUGAGUUACGGUAGCUUGGGGGGGCCCUUAUUUUCGGGGAGGUCUUAUUUUCAGGGUGAUGCCUUAUAUUUCAGCGAGAGGCAAAAUUGUAAGUAGGUCUUAUUUUCGGGGAGACAGGAAAAGAGUGGAACAUCAGAGAAUCCUUACUGGAAAGACUUCUGCACCGUGAAGCUGUCUUAGACUCGUGGCCUCUGAGUUCUUGUAACCCUCAGUUCUCGAGAAAACAUUUACUGACAUUUGUUGUAUUAAAGCUCGCCUUUCAGCAGAGCCCAUAUGGCAGAACCUUUGUAAAUGGUGUAGUGGAAGUUCAUCAGGCAGACUUUGGGAGGCUCGGAGGGAUCACUCGAGAGAAGCCUUGGGAAGAAUGAGCGUUUGAUCCGGUUUUUAACAAAAGUAGAAUGUUGGCAGGUGGACGUUAUGUGUUUGACCAAACACAAAGUCGGCAGCUAGACACCGCCAGCAAAACCCACGGAAUUGACGGAAUUGACUGGGUAGCAGUGACUUGGGUUUUUUGGUUUGGUGACGAUGGAAAGAACUAACAUUGAUAACGGCUAGAAUGUAAACUCCACAAGGGUCAGGACUUGGCUGCUGCGUGUCUGUGGCUUGCUCAGUGCUUUCUUUGUUACGAGAGGCAGAAAGAGACAAUGUACACGAUGUCCAUCCUGUAGCCAGAAUGAUGACAAUAAAAACAGGAAUACUCAAAGAAACAAACAGUU